AUGGAAAAAUUGAUAAUUAUUUUGGAAAUUUUAUUAUCAUUUAUCAUUUUAUGUGCAUUAUGUUAUGGUAAAAUUCAUUAUAAAAAUGAAAGACAUUUACAAAAUGUUCGUCAGUUGACGUUUGGUGGUCAAAAUGCUGAAGGAUAUUUCAGUUUUGACGGGAAUUGGAUCACUCUUCAAGCAACCGGCAAAGAAAUUUAUGGAACUAGCUGUGAUCAGAUAUAUCGAAUUGAUUUAAGACGUCCACCAAGCGAACAAAUACCAAAUCGAAUAAGUACAGGAAUUGGUACCUGUACUUGCUCGUAUUUUUAUCCCGAUGAUAAGCAUUUGAUUUACGCGGGUACAUUUCUUAAUGCAAAUUUUAGUUCAACUAUAACGUUGGAGAGUUGUCCACAGAAGGUAUGUCAAUCGGAACGUGCAAAAACUGAUCCGAUUCUCAAGCAGUUAUGUAAUACGAGUUAUACUUGGGACUUAUUUCCGGAAUACGAUAUUUUUAAGGUUAAUGAAUUUGGUAACGUGGUUGCACAACUCACAAAUACUCCUGGAUAUGAUGCAGAAGGAGCUGUAUCACCUGAUGGACGCCAUAUUGUUUUUACCUCAUUACGAAGCGGUGACCCUGAAAUCUGGAUUAUGGAUUCAGAUGGAAAAAAUCCGCGACAGCUCACCAAUGAACUCGGUUAUGAUGGUGGACCAUUUUUCAGUCCUGAUGGUAGAAAAAUCUCGUUUCGUGCUUCUCGUCCGAGAACAGAACAAGAAAUUGCUAAGUAUAAGGCUUUAUUAAGCUAUAAUCUGGUUUCUCCGCUUGAAAUGGAACUGUAUACGAUUAAUACUGAUGGAAGUGGUCUGCGUCAAAUCACUUCACUUGGUGGCUCUAAUUGGGCUCCAUUCUAUCAUACCGAUAAUCGUCGCAUAAUAUUCAGUACAAAUUUCAAUCAAACCACUCAUUUCGGUGCUUUUGAUCUAUAUAUGGUUGAUGAAUCGGGUUCAAAUCUUGAACGGAUAACAUAUAAUGAUGGUGGUUUCGAUGCUUUUCCAAUGUUUGAUCGUAAAGGAGAACGACUUAUUUGGGGAAGCAGUAGAAAUGGGAAACAACCGUAUGAACUUAAUCUUUUCAUCGCUGAUUGGAUUGAUUCCAACGUUUCUUCUCGUAAUGAACAUUUUACAAAAGCUUUGAAUUGGUCAGAAAAAGAAUUUAAUAUUGAAAAUCCUAUUCAAAUAACAUUUUUCGACGAUAAUUUGAAUGGCCAUUUCAGUUUCGAUAAUAAACGUUUAAUAUACGAAGCAAAAGGUAACGAGAAAUAUGAAACUCACUGUAACCAGAUUUAUGCGUUGAAUUUGCUCGAUCCAAAUCAAAUUCCACAGCGUAUUAGUACUGGAAUUGGCUCAAAUUUAAGCCCAUCUUUCUUUCCAAAUGGUGAUGGUGUUUAUGCAAGCACAUUUUUAAGCGUUAAUCGUUCACUUACUAAUAGCUGUCCUAGAAGUGUGUGUUUAAAUCCAGCUGAAUUUCGUUUGCUAAAAAUUUGCGAAAAAUUUUCUAUAAUCGAUUUGUUCGUUGAUUAUGAUAUUUAUAAGGUGAACAAAUUCGGAAAUUUUAUUGCAAAACUUACCAAUACAUCAGGAUACGACGGAGAUGCAAAUAUAUCACCGAAUGGGAAUCUGAUUGCUUUUACAUCAAAACGUAGUGGCAAUUAUGAGAUAUGGAUUAUGAAUUCAGAUGGAUCCACUCCUAAAAAGGUCUUAAGUUUUGCAUUAGUCACAUCAACAUUUGGAUACAGCGGAAAGCCUUCAUUCAAUCGUGAUGUGGAUUUGGCUGAAACCGAAAUUUACGUGAUAAAUACGGACGGUAGCAAUUUAAAACAGGUCACUUCGCUUGGAGGAUCGAAUUUAUCACCAACUUUUUUAGACGAUAAUCGAAUCAUAUUUAGUUCUAAUUCAAAAUCAAAUGAUGGUGCUAAUCAUUAUAAUAUUUAUACAAUAAAUGAGAAUGGAAAAAAUUUGGAACAGGUUAGAUAA